UCGACACGACGGAGCCGAAAUGCUAGACGAUAAGGUUUUGACUAGAUUAUCGAAUGGGCGAGGGUUGUUGAAGAAUAUUACAUCGACUGAUUCAGGAGAGUGCAACAUAAUCCUGUGUUUGUCAGCAUCGUGAACAAAGCAUUUUCAACUUGUUGACUUCCGUGGAGCGGCACUGAAAGUCAGUACCCCACAGUUGUACAAUAUUGUACAACGUUGUACAAUAAGCAUCGGAGUGCUAAGAUCGAACAGUUAUAAGCUGGCAGUUCGUGGGCUUUGAAACUAACUCUGUGAUCCCAGAUGCGUUAGACCUUUACUUGGCACUUGCAUUGUAUCGCUUAUGUACUGAGCUUUGAACAUUGAAGGAGUCAGAAUGGAUCGGCCUGGAGGGCUUGGACUUUGGGGCCACUUCACUACAAUAGCGCUGCUCCUAAUAUGCACCGUCGGUGGCGGGAGCUUGGCGGCGACCUGCUCAGUCCGAGAUAGGGAUUCUCUUCUCGCCUUCAAGAACCAAAUGACCGAUGCAGAUGGUGUUUUAGCGUCAUGGAAGAAAACCACAGAUUGCUGCACUUGGCAGGGUAUCACUUGUGACGCGAAUGCAAGGGUGACUGGAAUUACGAUUGAGGCGAGCUGCCCAACAUGUGGAGGGGGCCAGAAGUUGAUAGCCAAGCCCCUGAACUUCGGGGGGCCUCUUGGCAAUCUGAAGUCUAUAUUGAAGCAAUUGAGCCUUAUCAACGUUCAAGUCCAAUUCAAAAUUCCAAUCCCGCCAGUGUUCUUCACCUUAGGAAAACUAGACUUCCUUCAGCUAGAAGGAUGCGGGUUCAUUGGAUCCCUCCCAAAUGAACUCGGCAACCUUCGCUUGCUGCAAGAACUCAAAAUUAGCGGCAAUAGAUUAUCAGGUGGUGUGCCCAACACUAUUUCGAACCUUAAGGAAUUACGGAUUCUGCAACUUGGAAGCAACCAGCUCACAACGCUCGGGUCCUGGAAACUUACCUUGUUGCAGAAACUUGACCGAGUAGAUUUCUCCCGUAACAAGAUUACCGGUUCCAUACCCAAGUGGCUGGGAGGCCUAACCCUAGCAGGCCCUUUCUUCAACGAGCUUCUUCUCAGCUUCAACCAAUUUUCUGGCACCAUUCCUGCCGAGCUAUGCAACAUAAGAGGAAUGCGGUACCUCGCACUCCGAGGCAAUAAGCUCAGCGGGCGAAUUCCUGCGGGCAUUGGCAAGUGCACAUCGCUCAUGUAUCUAAUUCUGGGCCAGAACUCGCUGUCUGGUCCACUACCACGUGAGUUAGGCAAGCUGAAGAACUUGGUAGAGUUGACUGCUGACAAAAACAAGCUUUCUGGCCCCCUUCCUCGCGAACUUGGUGACCUUCCGGAACUCACUUUCGUCAAAUUGCAGAACAAUAAGAUUACAGGAGGCAUCCCAUCAAAUUAUGGCCCAUUUGAUCCUCUUGUAUCCGAUCCCAUCGAUCUUACCAACAACAUGCUUAAAGGUCCGAUUCCAAAGGCUAUGCAGAGCCUCAGUGCGAACGCUUUCCGCCCAGGCAAUCCUGGUCUAUGCGGUCCUCCACUUUCCAACCCCUGCUAACAAUCUCAUAAGUCCAAUCAAUUGUUGGAAGAUUGAAACUUUUGAGACUCAUCGGGAAGUUUGCAUGAAAGUGCAUGUUUGUAAGGAUAGAUCCGAAUAAAGAUGAGUUAUUUCUGCACACGUUA